UUCAGGAAGCCAUUACGCAGCUGGCUGGCGGCGGUCGGGCCGGUCAGGGCUGGGCCCUACGCACUUUGCGUAGCGAGGGGGAUUACUUAAGGCCUGGUGCUUGGCCUCAAGCAAGCCCUGCCUGUCCCCCUUUUUGGGGGUGGGGGGUGGGCGAGAGGCGAGACUGGAAAAGAAGAGAAGGGAAAUUGGGGUUGUUAAGGGCAUUAUAAUUUCUUUAAGAAGUGAGGCUAGGAGAGGCCAUGGCUGUUCCAGCCAAGAAGAGGAAGAUGAACUUUUCAGAGCGGGAGGUGGAGAUCAUCGUGGAAGAACUAGAGCUGAAGAAGCACCUGCUGGUGAACCACUUCAAUGCUGGGGUCCCUCUGGCUGCCAAGAGUGCAGCCUGGCAUGGCAUUCUGAGAAGAGUCAACGCUGUGGCCACCUGCCGUAGGGAGCUGCCCGAAGUCAAGAAGAAGUGGUCCGACCUCAAGACCGAAGUCCGCCGCAAAGUGGCCCAAGUCCGAGCUGCUGUAGAAGGUGGCGAGGCUCCAGGGCCCACAGAAGAGGAUGGAGCUGGUGGACCUGGGACAGGCGGUGGCAGUGGUGGCAGUGGCACAGCCAUAGCUCCAGUACUUCUGACCCCUAUGCAACAGCGCAUCUGCAACUUGCUGGGUGAGGCCACCAUCAUCAGCCUGCCCAGUACCACAGAGAUCCAUCCCGUGGCCCUCGGAACCACGGCCACGGCAGCUGCAGCCACGGUCACCCUGACACAGAUCCCCACUGAGGCCACCUUCCACACCCUGGAGGAGGGGGUGGUGGAGUACUGCACCGCCGAGCCUCCUCAGCCCCUGCCGACUGAGGCCCCCGUGGAGAUGAUAACUCAGCACGCAGAGGCCGCCUCCGUCAAACCGCAGGCACUUAAGAGCCGCAUCGCCCUCAAUUCGGCCAAGCUCAUCCAGGAACAGCGGGUCACCAACCUCCACAUAAAGGAGAUCGCCCAGCACCUGGAGCAGCAGAAUGACCUGCUGCAGAUGAUCCGGCGUUCCCAGGAGGUGCAGGCCUGCGCCCAGGAGCGGCAGGCCCAGGCCAUGGAGGGCACCCAGGCGGCCCUGAGCGUCCUCAUCCAGGUUCUCCGGCCCAUGAUUAAAGAUUUCCGACGCUACCUGCAGAGUAACACACCCACCCCAGCCCCGGCCCCUGACCCUGGACAGGUGGCCCAGAAUGGGCAGCCAGACAGCAUCCUCCAGUGAGGGCAGAGCCAGCACUCUGCUGUGAUUGUAAGUGGUUUCUGUGAGUGGCUUUAAGUGGACCAUGUGGCUAGCUCCCUCUUGGAUAGAUAUUUGGGGCUUAUUAGUCUGAGAAAUGAAGGGGACUGGGAAAAGAAAAUUGCUGGGCUCCCGGGACCCAGUGGAGCUGCCUUGUUGAAAUCUGGGAGAUUUAGCUGGGUUUGUGUGUGCCGGCGAUGGGCCGGAUGUUGUCAUGGUCUAAGGCUUGAGACAUCGCCCAGACUCCAUCCAGGACAACCUUGAAGACAGACUGGUUCUCACUGGGGCCAUGUCACGGCACAGGAUCUUCAAUGGGCUGCCCCACCUCAGGUACACCACCUUUUCUAGUGCCAUCCUUCCAGUGGCGCUGGCAGAAAUGCAAUAACACCCACAUAAGAAUGCCUCCCAGCGCCACUGGGAAACCCCAGCCCUUUCUUCCUCCCACCGUGCCUCCAUUCUCAGGGGACGCUCCUUACUGCUGUAUGCCACCACCACCCUGGCACAGCCCAGCUCUUGGAAAUGCCCCGAGACGCAUGCAGCCAGCCUGGCUCAGGAUUGCUCUGUGUGGUGGGGAUGGGUUGGCCACUCUCUUGUCUUCCAUGAUGCCUCUGGGUAGCUGUUAUAUAGUUUGCCCCCACCCCGGUCUUUGACCCAGGUGGGCUUCAGGUGCUGUCAGUCAGAAGGCAAACCCUGUGGACUCCUUUUUCCCACGGCAGUGCACUUGAGGCAAAUCGCUAAUUUUGACUUUAUUUUAGUAUUAGUUUUUCAGAGAGCUCACUUCUAGCCAGUCAUAUUUAUUCUACAGCCGAACCCCUUCUGGGAGGGCUCCAGGCUCUGUGGACCACACAUCUGAAAGACAGUGCGCAUUAGAGCCCUGCUCAGCAGUACUCCCCCGCUCCUGCUCUGUUACUCCGUGCCUGGUGCAUUGUCGAUGCCCCCGACUGGCUGAUUGAAUUCAAAACAAGGAUUGUCCUUGAAUGUAAGAGGUGGGAGGGGAGGGGUGAGACAGAAAGUGGGGUGCUUUUAAUUCUGUGCUCAAGCAGGACACAGUCUCAGAGGGCUGAAGGACUUGUCUGUCUUUCCACCUUCUCUCUGAGGCAUUUACAAAAACCUCAGCCAGGCAGGCAUUGUCUGCAUCGCUUUCAGAUGUGCUGUAGAGUGCUGAGCCCUCAUUCUCCCCACAUCACCAUCCCAUUUGCCAUUUUGCUGCCAUAACUGGGUCACUCAUGACCAGUGGCUACAGCCGAGCUCCAGGUCUUAGCCAAGCCGCCCUUCCAGGCGUGCACACCCAGGGAUACUUAGCGCCGUGCUUGUGGUCCCAGGAGGAGAUCCCCUGGAGACAGGAGCUGGCUACACACUGUCCCCUUCUCCAAGGAGGCGUGUGUAAUGCCAGUUACAGAGAGGGGAAUGAGGUGGGACCCCUCACCCUGUGGAGCCUGUUGGGCCCAGCAGGGUUGCUGCAGGGACUUCCUAACGCUUUGUGACCCAGUUUGGCUCUUCUUUGGGGUUGGAAAUCUGAGCCAAUCGUGUAUCUGUUCCAUUUGUGUGUAAAGAGGAAGCCUAGAUUACGUAAGUUAACUUGGUCUUUCCAGGUCACAACAUUAAAUUAAAGAAAUAUCACUUUUUUUAUACA